UGAAUGUCUUUCUUUCGUUGUCAACUCCCCCUCACUUCCCCACCUUCCUCACGCCCCCCUCUCGUCCCAUUCCUUUGCCUCCUUCAACACUCUUCCCCUGUUCCACCCUCUCACCCCCCUCUUAUGUCGUCCUUCUCUGCCUCCCUCGUUUCCCAUGCCCCCUCCCCUCCAGCUCUACACUCUCCUCUACCUCGCCUGGCGCCCCCAGUUCGGUCCAGCCUGGCACUCUCUCGACCGCAACUCACUCCCUCACUUCCUCACCUUCCUUGUGUCUCCAUUCCAUUCACCCCUCCCCUCCCUCCCCCCCUCCCAGCUCUACACCUUCCUCUAUCUCGCCUGGCGCCCCCAGUUCGGUCCAGCCUGGCACUCCCUCGACCGCAACUCGCUCCCUCACUUCCUCACCUUCCUCCUCCUCCUCUCCCUCCUCUCCACCCUCACCACCCUCUGCGACCUCCUCCUCCUCUGCACCACGGGGCACCGAUUCGUUUUAGUCACGCUCGCUGCAGUGACGGCGCUCAUACCAGCAGCCCUGUACGUGCUAGUGGCGGCUACAUGCGAGGCAGUGAGGACAGUGGGGCAGGUGGACGAUUGGGGCAGCGGUGAGCAUGUGGCUCUGUGCUCCCCCCUCGUGCUCCUGGACCUCUGUCUGGCUGCCUGGCUCAUCCCGGCCGCUCUCACCACCAAGGCGCAGGUGAGGCGUGUCAAUGUGGGUGGAACAUGGACUCGUGUGAGUCGUGACUGUGCGUGCGGUGAGCAUGUGGCUCUGUGCGCGCCCCUUCUGCUCCUGGACCUCUGUCUGGCUGCAUGGCUCAUCCCUACCGCGCGUGCUACUGAGGCACAGGUGAGGCGUGUCAAUGUGGGUGGAACAUGGACUCGUGUGAGUCGUGACUGUGCGUGCGGUGAGCAUGUGGCUCUGUGCGCGCCCCUUCUGCUCCUGGACCUCUGUCUGGCUGCAUGGCUCAUCCCUACCGCGCGUGCUACUGAGGCACAGGUGAGGCGUGUCAAUGUGGGUGGAACAUGGACUCGUGUGAGUCGUGACUGUGCGUGCGGUGAGCAUGUGGCUCUGUGCGCGCCCCUUCUGCUCCUGGACCUCUGUCUGGCUGCGUGGCUCAUCCCUACCGCGCGUGCUACUGAGGCACAGGCGUCAGACAGUCGGCUGCUGAGCACCUUCCGCCAGGCACUGUCAGCAAUGGGGGGCAUUAGUGCUGCUGCUCUCGCCCUCACCUGCUGGGAGGCCUAUGUGAAGCUAUCAGACCCCCUCAACCUGCAGUGGCAGAGCGAUUGGCUCAUCACAGCAGCAUGGCACCUUCUCUCCUUCCUCGCCCUCGCCUCCCUCUGCUUCCUCUGGAGCCCUGCCCUCCUCUCCCUCCGGUUAGCUUCUCCCGAGUCAACUUAA